AUGCCACCUGGCAUCUUGGCCAUCAACAGGGUCUGCGCAGACCCCAGCCCACCCCAGAGGCAGAUCAGGAGUGACACUUCGCAGAUCUUGGAAGAAAACAUCCCGCUCCUUAAAGCCAAAGUGAUGGAAAUGCGUGGCAUCUACACCAAAGUGGACCAGCUAGAGGCCUUCGUCAAGAUGGUGGGGCACCAUGUCGCCUUCCUGGAAGCCCACGUGCUUCAGGCCGAGCGGGACCACGGGGCCUUCCCGCAGGCGCUGCGGAGGUGGCUGAGCUCCACGGGGCUGGCCUCCUUCAGGAAGAAACCAUCCGCACCAGCACCCCCGAUGUAUGAGCUGCCCGUGUUGUACAGGACCGAGGACUACUUUCCUGCAGGCGCCAGGGAGGCAGAGCACGAAGCCCCUGGCCGCCGUCGGUGCCUGUGAGCUUGUGGCCCUCCCAUCAGGGACGUGGGAAAGUGAAACUGGGGAUCUGGAGCAGCUUAGAAUUUUUCUUCUUAUUGGUGUUGAUUUGUUCUUUGAGUUUCCUCCCCACCUCACGGGAGACUACAGGGCUUGGAGGAGCAGUGGGAAGGCCCAGGUGGCCCUGCCCCAGGGCUCAGCUGGUAGAGGCGCUUUUUGCUGUUCUAAAAGGGGACCAGGCGGUCUGGUGUGCCCUGGUGUUGGGCAGUGGAGAUUCCCUUCUCCCUGUGAACGGCUUUUCAAGGGAAUUGCGUGGUGCUUGCUCUGUGACCGUGGUGCAUGUUGCGUGGCCUGCAGACCCUGGUGCCCACUGGCCUUGAGGAUCACCCCAAUAAAGAUGUCAUGAGCUCA